AAGGGAAGCGCUGCUUCCAAGGAUAAGGGAAGAGGGAGCUGCGGUGCAUGUGGUGGGAAGUGUGUUGGAUUGCAGUCGCGCUGAAGAAGCUGCGCAGUAUUAGGGUGUUGCUUUGCUGCGCUGCAAGUGCUGUAAGUCUGUGGGACGGUCAAGACAUGAAGACACAGGGUGGAAAACAUGCCGAGUCGGCUGGUCCCCCUGUCAUGGAUGGGCGGGGCUACAUGAAAGCUGGGAGAGAGAGAGAGAGAGAGGAUGAGAUGAGAAAUACUAAAGCACCACGCGGCGUUUCAGAAGGGAAAACCAGUGGAGGAAAAGUUGGGUAAUACGUGGGAAAAUUGUGAGGCAAAACUAAUUGGAUGACCCACCAUGGACAAAAAAUACGAUGUGCUUGCAUUGAAGUGCUUUGGCCGCCAUGAGUAGGAGCUGGCGUCAUCCAGUCGAACUCCUGUCCAGAUCACUUUUUGAGCGCAGAGGCAUGGAAUCCAUUGAGAAUCGACAGACCAAACCAGGAAUUGCAGCAACUUUGCUGGUUCUGGUUGAAGAGCAGCAAUGGGAAUCUGCUUUGCUUUCGGUGGAACAACUUGCAUCCAGGAGCAUUGAGACUGACAUGGUCAGCUGCGGGCCAUUACUGACCCAUUGUGAGCAAGAAGGCUUGUUGGGGCAGGAAGCUGGCCUGCUGCUAUCAUUUAAAGGGCUAGGUCUGGACGUGCAGGCCAAAUUAGCAUUGCAGCUGCAAGCCGGGCUUGGCUGUACAGGUAGGACGAAUGGGCCAUUGAUGGCCAUAGCCGCCAUGCUUCAUAAUGCGCGCCUUUGGAAUCGCUGCAAUGACACUGCUAGUUCCGAUGUGUCUUUGUCCUUGCGGCGAAGUUUUGAGCUUCCUUCAGAUAGCAAGUGGAUAGGGCUCAGCUCGAGCUUGACACGGCGCGACGAGGGGCCAAGGAUGGAUCCCUGUCGCCUCCCUGCGCUGCGACCAGCAAGUGGCAAGUUCGCAAGGAUGGAGGAGCGUGCGCGACGGAAGGACAAGUCACGAAAACGUGGAGCUUCAGUCAGAUCCAAAACACGGGCAGCAAGCAAUGGCAGCAAGCCCAGGCAGCCCAGACCGCUUGUGAGGCCCCGGGCAACUGGUCGAGGUUUGGAAUGUCCGCGAGACCAAGACAUUCGACCUAAGAGUUCUUUCAGUGAGCUGUCAUUGCCGUCACCUCGAAACUCGCGGGAAAAUGAGGACAUUCUUUCAGCGUCUGCUGUGCUGCGAGCUGCGCUGACGGGAAGCUUCCUGGAUGAUGAAAGCUUGGAGCUACAGCUAUCAUCUGACCCUCCGUAUACUUGGAGCCCCUAUUCCAGUAGCCAGGACGAAAACAACGAUUCCAAAUGCACAAACUCGCCACCAUCAAGGGAUGUUGAUGACUACAACCUCUCCGCCACCAACCUAUUUCGGUGUACCUCCUCCAGGGAGCGCGUGCCAUUGAGCACGUUGCAGUUACUUGAAGCAGAGGUGGCCAGUCAGAGUGGCAAGCCUUGCAAGGAUAGCUGCCGGUACAGCCUACCAAGUGACCGUAGUGACCGGCUACCCUGCAUUGAAGGACCCAGCAAAGCCGCAACUGAGAUUUCAAGAGCAGGGGCAGCUGGAGGUCGAUGUUCAGACGUUCGUUCUGAGGCGCCUGAUGUCGUGGCCAAACGACGACCUGAUCGUAGGAGGCUUCCGUCUUACCUACGACCACGUCAGACUCCAAUAGAGGAGCAAAAAAGAAAUUCUUCGAGACCGAGGAAGCCAUCGCGCGAGGAGGUGAGGAAAUUGCAGCGAGCCCAGUCGGUUUCUUGAAGAAGAGAGACCUGCACGUUGAGCAGAAAAUGUAGUAGCAUGAAUUAACGAUGCAACUUUUCUUUUGCUCAGCAAUGGCAUCUUAUCGGUGUCAUUGGAGUUUAGUUUCGGUUGCUUCGUUGUUAUGGGACGACAGGGUGCCGCAUGCAUUCCAGGUCCAAGAAUUUGAAGUGCGUUCAACAUGAUCGCAUUCGCAAGCUAAUGCAGUUUCACCAGAUAUUUCUUUAUUCGGCUACGACUGGCACGAAAGGCACAAAGGUUUACAGUUCAAUCUCAGGGCGAAACGGGCAUGCAAAUCCAAAAAGUCGGGAUCAAUAAAAA